AUGGAACCGGGCGGCGCCGCGGCUGCGGGAUGCAGCAGGGCGGCCGGCGGAGGGGAGCUGCGCGCCGCGCGGGUGGGCGGUUGCUGGAUGCGGGGAGCAAGGGGCGGCAGGGGUGCCUCUGCUUGUGAGGCGCGACGCACGGGAUGGUCGGGAGCAGCGACGAGCGUCGUUGCAGGCAAGCGCAGGCGACUGUGGUGCGGCGCGGGGGAAAACAGCAGAAGCAGAAGUGAGCAGCAGCGGCGCGCAGGGCAAGCAGGGCGAGUGGCGGCAUGCUCUGGCGGGAGCGGCCGCAGUGCAGCAGCAUCACAUGGGGCGGGGGCGGCAGGCGUGGAUGCACGCAACGAGCACGCGAACGCGGCCAAGGAGCGGGCAAGCGCGAGAGAACGGAGCAUCGGGCGGGCACGGGAGCGGGACCGGGCGAAGGGUGAGCGCGAGCGGGAGCGCGGUGACCUUAGGGAGGGAAGACGGGGUCGGAUGGGGAGGUCCUCACAGGCCCUGUAG